AUGGAUUCAGGGGAUGGACUCCCUGUUUCUGCUGAACCAGGACUGACUCAUGACAACCUUGUAUCCCUAACGUCGGUCAGGCCAAAAGCCUGCAAUCAAGUGACUGGGAGGUGCAAGGGAGGCGGUUUGGAGUCGCCUCCAACAAAGAAUCUCCACAUGUCCACUUCGGGAGAACGGAAGUUCUCCCAAAAACUCAUGGGACUAGAGACUUGCAACCUGCGCAUGGGAACAUGCGACAGUAGAGGUGUUGGUGGAGUUGGCGUCCUCGUCAACACGAGUAUGGCAAAGAACAUCGACUCUUUCGAACAACUUACGACCCGAAUCGGGCAUCUGCAGAUGAGAAGAUGUGGUCCAAUACUAGCUUUGACUAUCUUCGUCGCUUACGCUCCAACAUCAAGCUACGAUGAAGAAGAAGUCGAAGCUUUCUAUAUGGACCUGGAGAAGUUCUAUCGAGAAGAUCAUGCCCUCUACAAAGUCAUAAUUGGCGAUUCCAACGCCAAAAUUGGCCCAAGAAGAACGCCGGAGGAACUUCACAUCGGGACCCACGGUCUGCAAUGGAAUGGCCAGGGGGAGAGACUCUUCGAGAUCAUCAUGGUGACUAAGACCAUCCAUGGAAACUCGCAAUUCCAUAAGUCCUCUCUACGCUGGACGUGGGAGUCAUCCGGUGGAGGGUACCGUAAUGAAAUAGACCACAUCAUCGUCAAUAAAAGGUUCUGCCUGACGAACGUCGCUGUUGUACCAAAGUUCAAUACGGAAUCGGACCAUCGCCUCCUCCGAGGAAGAAUUUCCUUCACAAGGAGAGCAGAAAAAGCCGCCAAGUUGAGAGGGAGAAAUCCCAGGACUAUCAUCAGCUGGGAUCUCUUCGCUACGGUAACCGGCUUUUGGAUUCCGAUUUCCGCAAUGGACAACAUCAACGAGGAAUAUGACCGGCUCGUUGAACACCUUCACGACUGUGCGAAGAAGGCUGAGAGAUUUAAAACAACCAAGGGACGCCUGUCUCUUGAAACUCUUGAAGAGGCGACAAAGGAAGACCUCAAGGAGAGAAGAGCAGAAGUGCUGGCUGAAGCUGCAGAGGCGGGGAAAAGCAUCCGCAUCAUCCGUCGAGACUUCGCCAGUCGCAAGACAAGGAUGACUGCUCUCCGAAACCCGAGGGGAACAACCACUGCAUCGAGAAGGGGGAUGGAGAAAAUCAUCUACGACUUCUAUUCUGAUCUCUUCGACAGCCAUGUCCACUUACCUCCUCACCAUCUGAGGGAAGCGGUCGUGGAAGUCAUUCCAGAGGUUCUCCCGUCCGAAAUACGACAUGCUAUCAUGCCAGUAAGAAAUCGUACGGCACCCGGUCCCGACAACCUUCCGCUAAUACUCAUCAACACCCUGGCAAGGCUCUUUACACGUUACCUGUCGGAAUGCAAGGUUCCUAAACAGUGGAAGACCAGCAAGACCGUGUUGCUGUAUAAAAAGGGAGAUCCACAUGACAUCGGCAACUAUCGCCCAAUCUGCUUACUGUCCGUCAUCUACAAGCUCUUCACAAGGGUAGUCCUUAAUAGGAUUGAAAGGUCUUGGAUGAAGGACAGUCAUGCGAACAAGCAGGGUUUCGAAAAGGAUUCAGCACGAUUGACCAUAUUCACACUGUUUCGAGACUCAUCGAGACGGAAGCGGUCGUGGAAGCUUUGGACAACCAAGGCGUUCCCACUCAGUAACAUAGAGGUAAUUCGAGAGUUGUACAGUAACUUCACGACCGGAAUUUCGCCAUUCUACAAGAAUAUCGUCAUUGACGUGAAGAGGGGGGUCCGACAGGGUGAUACAAUUUCACCCAAAAUAUUCACAGCCACCCUCGAGAACGCAAUGCGAAAGUUGGAAUUGGACGACAUGGGAGUGAAGGUUGAUGGUCGGCAGCUACACCAUUUGCGCUUUGCUGACGACAUCGUACUUAUAACACCUAGCAUCAGCCAAGUGGAACGACUGCUGACCGAAUUCGACGAAACAUGUGGAUGCAUAGGUCUUCAGCUGAAUCUACAAAAGACGAUGUUCGUGCGGAACGGAUGGGUCUCGAAUGCCCCAUUCAAGCUCAACGGAACAAGCAUAUCCGAAUGCAUCAGCUAUGUUUAUCUGAGUCGGGAAUUGAACAUGAUGAACGACCUGACCCCCGAGCUGGGCAGGAGGAGACGAGCGGCUUGGGGAGCGUACAAGAGCAUCGAGGAUGUAGUGAAGAAGACCAGGAACACCCGGCUCCGUGCUCACCUCUUCAACACCACCGUACUUCCUGCUUUGACCUAUGCUUCGGAAACCUGGGCAUUUCGCAAGCAGGAAGAAAACGCGGUGAGCGUCAUUGACCUCGCAAUUGAGAGAGUGAUGCUAGGAGUAUCCCGUUUCACGCAAGUGAGGGGCGGGAUUCGAAGUUCUCUCCUACGUCAGCGAUCGAGGAUCAGAGACGCCGCCGCGUUUGCCAAGGAAAGUAAAAUAAGGUGGACCGGACACGUGAUGCACUUUAACGACAACAGUAGGACCAGAGCCGUGAGCGACUGGGUUUCCCGCGAUAUUAAGCGCACUACAGGAAGAACGCCGACCCGAUGGUCAGAUUUCUUCACGAAGUCCUUCAAAGAAAAUUAUGAGGCUUUUCUUGUCCCACGCAAAAGGAAGAACCACUGGGCGACUCUGGUACGCGAUCGGGACAAAUGGAAAAAUUACUGGCGCCCGCUCGACCAGUUCGAAGGUCAACGGGAGUCAAGGUGA